AUGCGAUCUGGAGAGACCCGGGCGGGCGGCGGGCAGUCUGGCCCGAGCAUCCCGGGCGGCGCUGAUGGAUGGUCCCCUGACAGUAAUCGCAGAAUGAGGACACGCUGGCGACGUUCUCGCCAGAGGCCCGCUCUUUGCGGGCCUGCAGGGGAGCAACUGCGCAGCGAGCAGCUGACCAAGAAGGACGUCAAGUUUCUGCAGGACCACACUUCAGACUCAUGUCCUGCAGAACAUAAGUUGUCAGAAAACAUUAAAAAUGUGACCAAGACAGCUAACAAGGACCAUUUGGUUACAGCCUAUAACCAUCUUUUUGAAACGCGUUUCAAGGGAACUGAAAGUAUAGUGUCUGAACAGGUGGAAAACGUGAAGCUUCCUGAAGACAAAACCAAACUGGAAGAGACUGUGGAGGAGGAUCCACCAAAAUAUACAAAAUCUAUACUUAAAAAUGGAGAUAAGACCAACUUUCCAAAGAAGGGAGAACAUGUUGUUCACUGUUGGUAUACAGUAACACUACAGGACAGGACCAUCUUUGAUACUCAUAUUCAAACAAUCAAGAAGAAAAGUGCCAAGCCUUAAAGUUUUCAGGUUGGAAUAGGCAAAGCAAUAGAUGAAGGACUCUUGACUAUGAGUACAGGAGAAAAGACUCGACUGGAAAUCGAACCAGAAUGGGCUUACAGAAAGAAAGGUCAACCUGAUGCCAAAAUUCCACCAAAUGCAAAACUGAUUUUUGAAGUGGAAUAAGCGGGUACAGACUGAAACAGCAGUGCUUCAGAUCUAAAGAUUUCAGCAACAACAAAAGAUGGUCUUUAAGAAACUUCUGAUUAAGGGGAGAGUCAACUGGAAAGUUCAAGAAGUUAAAAUUAUUUACUUGAUCCAUUUUUUAAAAAUUUAUUCCCUUUUGUUGCCCUUGUUGUAUUGUUGUAGUUAUUAUUGUUGUUGUUGUUGGAUAGGACAGAGAGAAAUGGAGAGAGGAGGGGAAGACAGAGAGUGGGUGA